AUGACGCCCCCCGUCCCCGCCUUCCUCGAGCCCGUCCCGGUCACCAUUCGCCUGGCUCAGGCCGUGGGCAUCACCGCCUCAGCCUUCUUGUGCCAGACCGCUGCUGCCUCCAUCCUGCUGACUCCCAGCUUGCUUGAAGCCCCCGCCCCGCUGCUCGCACGACAGUGGCUCAAAGCUCGCAACAUCUCCAUGACGAUCAACCUGCCCUCUGUCGCCGGCUCCGUUGCUCUGUUCGCCUGGCUGGCUUCACGGGAAUCCCCGGACAGCACCCCGCGCAAGCUAUACACGGCCGCCUCCCUCCUCUACUUCGCCAAGAUUCCCUACAGCUUCCUCUUCCUCCACCCUACCGAUAAAGCCCUGCAGGCCAAGGCCGAGUCUUUUGCUUCUGCAAGCAUCGCCGAUACUGCUGCUGAGGCUGGAAUUGCGAAGGAGGAGACGACCCACGCUCUGGUCGACAAGUGGGCCACAGCCAACUUGGGUCGCGCGGUUCUCGGUUUUAUUGCCUCUUCCUGCGCUGUUUGGGCCACUCUGGGCCGCGUUGAUGUCAUCAGGUACAGACUGUAA